UUCCCUUCGCUUGCGUGCGCUCUCUCCGGUCUUGCCACGAUAAAAGAAGAUGAAAAAAAAAUGCGCGGAUGGGAUGCACUAAUAGCUCUACACGGACGUCUUUAAUCGCGACAUUCGUUAAAAGAAAAAGCACUUUAGGAGCCGCACGCGACACGUACAGCCGUUUAAUCGAGGAGCCGAGAAACCCGCGGCAAAGAAGGUGCCGUGUGUCGACAAUGUCGAGGUACGAGAACGGUACGACGACUGACGACGAACUGACCGAACCGGAGCGUCUUACUUCGACGAGAGGCCACCUCUCGACCUGCGACGUCCACAACGGCCACGACUACGACGACGACGGUUACGACGGCCGGGUCUCCCGCACCACGCCGAAGUCCUGCCCGAGAAUUUUUGGGAUGGAAUAUACAAACAAUAUCACAAAAUCUACGUUUAUAUAUGUGAAAUACAAGUGAAAUUAAUCUGGAAAAAGAACGUUCAAUGGAAUCUGCUGCAAGAGCUGUUGGUGGUGCAAUAUAAGGCAUUACUGUAAUGGUGAGUGCAUAAUGCUAUCAUUUACUCGUUUAAUAUUGAAUAAAACGUGAAUUGUUUUUGUAACGAAUUUGUUUAGUAAGUUAAAAAUACUAUCUAACGUAAAAGCGCUACUAGUUGUCUUGGUAUCAGUUCAUUAUAUUAUUUUAAUUAUUGUUUUGAUUAUAAAAAUAGACUCGUAUCAUUUUUUGGCUUAAAUGCAC